CGAUAUUUCAAAAAGUACGAGUAGUGCCGCGCGCUACGGCAGGAGAGUUGGCAAGUUGCGACCGAGAGCAUGGGGUGGAGCGAACGUUUGGGGCCGAGAUGGACGGAGUCGGAAGUGACAGAGUUCUUUUCACUGUGGCGACAACAUGAUGCCACAACGGCUUCCCUUGAUCGUGUUGUCGCGGCAGUGUCGACGGAGCUGCCUCAACGGACGCCCGAUAUGGUGCGCGCACUCAUUCAAAUGCACAAAGGAUUCUUGUCCCUCCCCAUGGCCACGGACGAGGGCUUGUAUGCCAUUCUCACCGACCACUACGAUGCGCAAGCGGCGUGGGAAUCCGAGGCUGCCGAGAAACAACAACAGCAGCAGGUGGUGGCAGCAUCUUCGUCGCGUAGAAAGGUGUCUCGACGGAACAACGUCCAAUACGUCCGCUCGUUCUCUGCCGCCAUCGACGACGAAUUCUUUGCCCACAGCGAGUUCCAUGACUGCCUCGUGCAAAUGAACAUGGGUCACUUCCAGCGCGCCAAACGUACGGAAUGGUCUGCGAUCCGUGGAUCCAUGGGUCAUCCACGACGCUUCAGCGCCACGUUCCUCAAGGAAGAGCGGCAAAAGCUGCUUCGGUAUCGCAACGUCGUGCGGUACGCGCAACGCAUGAACGAAUUUCCCGUCGAUAUUCGGUUCCCAUACAAAAUAUACAGCCCCCUCAAGGUCGGGGCCCACGUCCGAGUCCUCCAUCCAAAAUCCCGCCACCUGUGCGUCGGCGUCGUCUGCGCCGUGCAUGUCCACGACAACGCGUACGACGUGCUACUGCCAUUUGCCGCCGACCACAAGGAAAUCCUGCGAUGUCCGGAUACAUCCGUGAUGUUGCUUCGACACGACGACAGCCACGGGAUCACCGACAUGUCGCUGUUAUACUGGCAGCAAGCAACGCCCAAAGCCGACGUCGCGCCUUCGUUUCCGCUGGAGUAUGAUCAACAUGGCGGUGGAGACUUGGCCGACGCGACAGGGAUGGCCAUGCGGGCUGUGACAGCGUUGCUGCAACGAAAGGAGCAACUUGUGAUGCACCUAAGCCGGAUGAACGACCAAGCUGCCACCAUGUCGAUUGCCCUUCCAAACACCGACGUAGCCGACGAAAACGACGUCGUGCAGCAGUUCCAGUCUCAAUAUGCAUGGGUGCUCGUGAACCUAGACACGACCAAUCACAUGCUCGCGUCGGCACUGUAUCGCAUGCAAUUGCCUUCCCCUCACCAUGCCGUGGAGGACCAGCGUCUUCAGGAUGACGCCGCCGACGCCGCUCUGAACGUCCAGCAGCUCGAGUGGGCGCACCAGUACAUGCAUGCUGCGCACGAGCGGUCGAGGAACCUCGUGGCGGGUACGAUCCGACGGCUCACAAUGGACGAACGGUGCAAGGAUACACUCCAGAUGCCCCAGCUUGCCACGUCCGAGCUCAUCAUGAGUUGCAUGGACAUGGUGCUGACAUUGCAAUGUGCCGUGGCCAAGAUGACGACAGAUGACCAGGUCCCGCUGCCCCCCAUGGUUGUGCACAAGCUGCUCGAUCGCAAUCUCGAGCUACUCAAGCCGAGAGCCCACGCCAACAUGACGCUGUACCACGAAAUGGUCCAGUCUAUCCAAGUGCUCAAGAGUGUGCUGCUGACUCACCACCAAAAUUCACCGCCGUAGUCUAGUCGUGCUAGAUAUACACGACAUAGAAGCAUGAUAUUCCACCAUAGUAGUACUGUAGAUGUUAUAAUUCUUCUCAACUUGUUAAUACUGUUUUAGAUAGAACUAAUACUUCAAGUAUAUAUUUAUUUUAAA